UGCUGUUGUUGUACAGCUCUGUUCGGUGACGUCACAUCAUGGCGCGAUACAUACUGUCUCAAAAAUGUAUCUUUCGGUUCAGUCAAGGAUAUAACAACAGUCAGCGGCUCAGUGUAUCUACAAACUUCCCGAACACAAAUGUGAUACACGAUAGACAGAAUCAGCGUUUCACAGUAACUCUAGACUGCGGCGGAGCAGUGAGCAGUGCAGUCCUGAAAUACAGUCUCAGUCAGGAUCAGCAGGUGGAGCUGAUCUCUACAGAGGUUCCUGAAUCACACAGGGGUAAAGGUGUAGCAGCACAUCUGGCAAAGGCUGCUCUUGAUUUCGUUGUUGAAGAAAAUUUGACAGCGAGGAUAUCCUGUUGGUACAUUAGAAAAUAUGUAGUUGAAAAUCCACAUCUUGGAUACCAGGCUUAUAUUGAAGAUGAAUAAAGGCAGAAUUAAACAACAUAUUAACGAAGAUUUUACAUACAUCUUACCUCCUUUACAACCUGACUCUUUGCAGUCUUUUGACAGGAUGAACAGAUAGUCUCCAGAGCUUACAUGUAGGCAACAAAAGAGGUACAAAUAAACAAAUGAUGGAUGUACAAAUUAA